UGUCCUGGAGAGCUCCUUUUGCGUCUUCACUGGAGCUACUGGCUCGUGACUCAGGAAGCUGGCUUGGGGCCCUUUGGCCAUCCUUUUAUCUGGAGGCCCAGCUGCCCCCUCCCCCCGAAGGAAAGGCUAGCUGGGCAUCUAGCUCCUUUUUCCUUUUCUCUCUGGCACCUUGGAUAGGGCUUGCGGGGGCUGGGCCUCACCUUUCUGCGACGCCUGAGGGGCCAGGGGUGAAGAAUCGUGGCUUUGUAGUCACAAGACCAGCAUUAUGUAAUCGCGGGCUCCCUCUCGGAGAGUAAGAUAGCUUUUAAUUACUGUGACAGAGUUGAUCCUUGGGGCUUGAGGAAUGAGGCAGUGAAGCAGGUGAGCUUUUUUGGCAAAAUGGUGCCAAUUUCAUACUUCGUUGUCUGUAGCCAGGCUCCACCCCCAGCCUCUGGAUUUGUAAACAGUGCCCCCUUCUGAGUGGUAACCUGGAACAGGCCACCAGGUGACAUUGUUGUUUCUUCACUUCUAGAAAGGUCUCUGACGCCGUACUGCCUUUUUCUUUCCUCAGACCUCCUGGAGGUCGCCCGGUUUCUCUCAUUCCAGCCAUUGUUUUUUAAAUGUGAUUGUUUGCCCAAGGUCAUUGAAUAGUCAGCCUCUGCACCGCAGUUCUUGACCUUUUCUUCACCACCGCAGACUCCUUGGAUGCUCCAGAUUUUCUGGGGUAAAGGGGGGUGGGGGCUUCUGAUCUAAACACUAGCUGGUGUCUGCUUAAGUGGAAGAAGUCUUGCUUCGUUUGACAGUGUCACACGAAGGUGUUUUGGGUUCUGUCAAGGGCUUCCAGCCUGGCAGCUGUGGUCUGAGUUCUUUUUAUCUUACCCAGUGGGUAAUGUGGAAUGAUACCAGGAAUCUCUCCUUGAGCAGCCAGGCUCCUGUGGGUCAGACUUGCUCAGAGGGAACAGCAUCUUUUUUUCCCAUUGGGCUGGGCCACAGCCAGUGGUGCUUUUGGAGCUGAGGUGAGGGGAUCAGUGAGAAUGGUCAAGGACAAGGGUCAGGAUAUUCUGGCUCAUGCUCAUUUCUUUUGUUAUACCCAGAGGCUGCCAUGGUAGAAGGGUCUGUGCUGGAUCAGCCUCGGGAAUCUGGAUGGUGCCGUGGCCCAGGAAGCAUGGCUAUGAAACAAGGCUAUGACAUGUUAACAGCCCUGUUCUUAGACAUCAUGUGUCUUGUGUCAUGCUCCUCGUACAUCUCCAGGUUUUUCUUGGUCCUGUGUUUUUCUUGGGUCUCGUGGUAGCUGAGGCAUUGAUCUUCUUGCUGCUGUCUCCCAAGUGUUAGAAUUUCAGGUCUGAACCACCGCACCUGGCCCUGUUUUUAUUUAAGAGAAAGUUCUUGGCUUUCCUGUCAGGAUAAUAAGAUAUUUCUCUAACUUUUUAUUUCAUUAAUGCUUUUUGAGUGAAUAAAAAAUAAUUUUCAUGUGAGGAAGCAAAAAUUCAGCGAAAUGACAGGUCACUGGCUGUGACUAAAUUCUAGAAUUCAGAAAUUGUAUUGCACUUUAAAGAUUGAACAUGGCAGUAAGGAGUGGGGAAGGAGAAGGAUGGGCUGUGAUGAUGGCAUGUGACUGCUUUUCUAGUUAGAGGUGUACCAGCCCCCAGGAUUUAUGAGGUCGUUGUUACAUCUUUGCCACCAGGCCUUGUGUCUGAAGCUCCUUUUAUUUGUACCAAAGUGGAGCUGGCCUUUUUCUGUGAGGGAUAGUGAAUAUAUUUUAGACUUUAUGGGCAGAAUAGUCUUUAGGACUCAUCUCUGCUGUUGUAGUAAUGUGUUCCUAUAAAGCUUUGAUUUAUAAAAACAGGUGUUGUGUCUGGCUGAUGGACAGCCAGCCCCCUUGCAUAGACUUCUAGUUUGCAGAUGCUCUCAUAUAACCUUAGUUAAUUCUUAAACAACCUCCAAUUGAGAGCUGACCUCAUUGCUAAAAUGGAGGUAAUCGAUACAGAAAGGCCAGAUGACUUGCCCAGACCACAAAUGUUCAGUCAGGACCAGAAAUCAGGGACACUAAUGUCUAGCAGGUGUUGUCUGCCUUGACCAGUGGUAUGUAAUAGUCAAUAAAUCAAUCAUGCGCUUAAUCUUUUUAGGUGUUAACUUCUGGCUUUAUCCUUAGGAUAGCGCUGCAAUCCCCAUUUUACAACCAGUGGCGUUACACAAAGUGUCACGAUGUCUGACCGGAAGGCAGUGAUCAAGAACGCAGACAUGUCUGAGGACAUGCAACAGGAUGCCGUUGACUGCGCCACACAGGCCAUGGAGAAAUACAACAUAGAGAAGGACAUUGCUGCCUAUAUCAAGAAGGAAUUUGACAAGAAAUAUAACCCUACCUGGCACUGUAUCGUGGGCCGGAAUUUCGGCAGCUAUGUCACACACGAGACGAAGCACUUCAUCUAUUUUUACUUGGGUCAAGUUGCAAUCCUCCUCUUCAAGUCAGGCUAGGUGGCCGAGGGGAAGGUGUCAGUGGCGGCGGCAGCAAUGGCAAGCAGGCGGCGUUGCUGGGACUGUUUUGCACUGGGGCCAGCAUCAGGAAGUCCUCUCCAAUGGCUGUGCUACUGCAUGGACUGUAUACUCGAUUUCAUGUGUGUGUCGCAGUAAACAAAAACCAAACUUCUUUCUGUUUAGUUGCCUGGGGAAGAAGGCUGCUUUAUGUUUAUUUUUUUUAAGACUUUAAAGAUAUUUUUUUUGGUUGUACUGCACUAGGACCUCUCCCACCCCUCAUUUUCUUUCUCUCCCUGUAUAAAAUGCCCUCAGCAAAGCCCAAGAGACCAGGAGGCCGAGGGCUUGGAAUAGGUCUCUGGAGGUGGAGGGAAAACUGCAGCUGCCUCUUGUGGUAGAUGCUGCUCUAGAAGGGCCGGAGACUAUGAGGACAGCUUUAGGAUUGGCAAGGAGAGGGAUAGGAAGUCGGGUGGGGGGAUUGAUCUAGUACCAGGGAGAAUAUUCCACAGAACUGUGACUUUAUGGCUUGGGGCAGGGGGUGGUGGGGUGCAGUCUUUAAGAGGCCCUGAGAUAGAUGUGUUUAUGAUGUGGGAGUGGGGAGCAGACGUGUCUUGCUGUCCUUGUCAGGGUCUCUUAAGUAAGGGCUCUGUCUUUGUGGAUUACCUUCCUUUAUUCUUCCAGCCAGAGGUCAUGUGGGGAGGAUGCUGGGAGUAGGGUUAGCUUGACUUUCCCCUUUACAUUUCUUCUGUCUGCUCCCUGCUCAGCCCUCGUUUUUCUCAUUCCUCAGUUCUCUUAGAGCAGCCCUGUUGUUGGCUGGCAAGGGAAUGUCUGGUGACUGUAGUCCUUAGUUAGGUCUUAGCAAUCAACCAAAUCAGUGUCCACUCGAUUCUUCCUUGUGUGUUUGUGUUUGUCUGUGUGUGUGUGCGUGGGGUGGGUCUGGGGUAGAAGGGAGGGAAGGGGCAGGAUACGUGGAAUCUCUAGGGUGUAUGGGGAGGUAGGGGGCACAGUUAGUUCUAAGUGGGCUUUUAUGUUACCUUUUGGGGCAAGGACAGGCUGGUGUCCCCUCAGCCAUCUAGCUUGGACACCCUGCUUUGCCCUAUAGCUGCCUGUUCCUGGGAAAGUUUUUGGAAGGUCAUCCAGGACAAGAUGGCCAUACUGCCAUCCACCCUGGAGUUGGAUCUGGGGGGCAGGGGGCAACUUGUGUCCCAACCGCUAGUGGGAAUUAGGAAUGUAAGAAGUGAGGGCAGAGAGGGGACUCCGUGGAACAGGUAUGAAGUACAGCAAUGAGCUCUGGGAGUCAGGAGGUGAAGGACUGGGUGGGAGGACCUUCCAGAGAGGGUGCAAGGGAAACCUCGCUGUUGACAUGGUUGGGGUGGGUGGGGGUCGUCAUUGCCAAUUGAGCUGCUGGUUCUAAUGAGUCACAUUCAGAACAUUGAGUGGGGUGACACUGUAAGGGUGGGGGAAGGCAGGAGAAUGCCCCUUCCUCCUGAUCCCUUGGUGUGUAUUGAGCUGAUUUUCUUCAGUGCUGGCAGGGGAGGGUGGGGACUGGUAGUGACCGAGUUCCCUGUUCAAACUUUUCAUUGGGUACAAGACUGAAUGUUUGAUUUUAGGUUUUAUUUUUCUUACGAAUGUCCAGAUCUGUGUUUCUCCCUACCCUCCGAGACUGGCCAGUUGGAAAUGUCUAGUUUUUUGUUCAUCUCUCAUUUUUGGUGCAGGGACUGAGACCCUGCCACAUCUAUGCUCUGCAUCCACGCCUCUUUUGGACAUUAAAGGUCGAUUGAUGCACUUCUGA